CCGGGCCGGCCCUCAGCUUGGGGGGCUCGAUCGGAGACUUUGUGCGAAACUAUUGUGUGCUACUACUACUAGGGUCUUGGGACAGACCUAGUCACCUAGUGUAGUACUAUUAGUAGUAGUAGCAGUGCCAGUAGUACUUCCACUGGAUUUGUGAAUGCGUCUUCACUAAAAAUUAAUAAUUGCAAUUUUUUGCAACACUCGACUCUGAUCUGAUGGAUUGGUGUUCGCUGAGUACUAUAAUAAUAUUACUAGUAUUCGAGUUAUGGUCGAACCAAGCAAUAUCCUAGUGAGCUAUGCCGGUGUGCAUUGCUUGCAAACGGGGACGGAAUCGCUAACGUGCUGCAAGUGCAACAAUCUGCUACGCUUCGCAGUCCAGUCGAGUUGUGGGUGUCGUCACUGCAAACGAUGUUUUGCCGAUGCCAUCGAGGAAUAUAGGAAGUCUGGAAGGAGAGUCGAGGAAACAGGGGAGCUGAUAUGUUCAGUGUGUACUGGUCCUAUAGAUCCUGAUGAGAGUUUCGAGGACUUGUUUGCCCGCAAAGAAGUAAACGAACUGAGGAUAGCAUGCGCGGGAGAGAGUCUCGGCUGCCAGUGGAUAGGGAAAGUGGUGGAUUAUGAGAGCCACUACCAGGUAUGCCAGUAUGUCAGUGUGCCUUGCAGCGAGUCUCGUUGCGAUGCCAUGGUACCUCGCAACCAGCUAUCCCACCAUAGGAGUACAGCAUGUGCAGGCAGGAUGGUGGCCUGCCAGUUCUGCAAUGCCAGCAUGCGCUAUAGAGAGUUAGACGAGCAUUUGAAGGAGAAAUGCACAAAAAUAACGCUCACGUGCCCAAACACGUGUGGUGCCAUGGAUUUUACAAGAGAUGAGAUCGUGGACCAUCGUAAAACAUGCCCAAUGGAGCAAGUACACUGCUACUAUUCCGGGGCGGGAUGCACAUAUUAUGGUCCCCGUAACACAUUGCCAGUUCAUCACGACAACAAUGGGGCCUAUCAUAUGCAGCUGGUGUACCUUAACGGAGAAACGGUUAAGCAAACCUGCGCCAAGCUCACCAGCGAAAACACUAAAUUACGCAAGGAAAACAAAGACCUCAAUGACAAGGUCGUGAUGCUAACGGAACAGCAAGCGCAGAUGCAAAAGAAGUAUGAGGCGGUGGAGUGGAUGGUUGAAAUGCUCUCCAAGAAGUUUUCCGCUAUAGAAGGUUCUUCAAGUUCUUCAAGUCUAGCACUAGCCGGCAGCAAAUCACUUAGCCCGGUGAACGAAGCUCCUGCAGGCCUGCAUCAAUAUGCUGCUGCGCGUACAUCUCAGCACCUGCCGGUAUCCUUUCCCACCGAACAGCUUGCCCUGACGACCAGUUCAAUUGCGGACUCGUCCGGUGUGGCUACAUCGACCAAAGACUCCGUUGUGUCUCGCUUUGACCACAGUAAACACAGCAGUGAGCUAGAGCACCUCAAGUACACAACUAACUCAAUCAUGGAUCAUUUGCAGCGCGUUGAUAACUCUAUAGCCAUGCAGAAUGUUCAACUAGCCGACAUGAUGAUUCGCCAAGACCUGAUUGAAGUCAAAGGUUGUGAAGGCAUUCUCGUCUGGCGCAUCUCCAAUGUGGCACGGCGGCUGCAGGAAGCGGUGUCCGGUCGCACUCCAUCUCUCUAUUCUCCGCCGUUCCAUUCGUCACAGUCGGGAUACCGAAUGUGUGCGCGUGUUUAUCUGAACGGGGAUGGCUCCGGAAAGAACACGCACGUCAGUUUGUUCUUUGUUAUCAUGCGCAGUGAAUUUGACUCGUUGCUGCCGUGGCCCUUCCAGCAGAAAGUCAAACUGUCCCUUCUCGACCAGACUCCGUUCCUCAGUGCCGGCGAAAAGCAAGACCUCGUGGAGGUGUUCCGCCCGGACAUCCGUAGCUCCUCCUUUCAAAGACCAACCACCGAAAUGAACAUUGCCACCGGCUGUCCUAAGCUGGCGCCAAAAUCGUACCUGGCAUCGGAUCGGUAUGUACGUGAUGACACGCUGUUCAUAAAGAUUGAAGUCAGCCAGCGUGGUAUCAACCCUCCGGAUAAGCCAAUGCUGGACUCUACCACUGCCUAGGCAAGAUACCGCAUGAUUUCCUGUCACCGGUGUCGGUGGUGGUUAGCUGCAAUUGUGCUCGGCGCUGCGCCUCUGGUCUCUCACUACCAGCCAGGCACACCGGCACACACACACACACACACACGCACGCACGCACACACACACACAAAGACUUGACGCAACACGUACAUGUGUACAUGAGCGUGCAAGCGUGUGUUGCCGCCUGCAGACGCGGCACUCUCCCGCGGGGUGGAUGUCCAACCUGUCCAACUGCUCGGUUUGUGCGCUCCCUCUCUUUGAACAUUGACAUGGUCAGAAUGCCAUCAGGCUGGUAUCUCUGAGCGGCUGAUGUCAACAGCCAUCUGAGUGAUCCGUGCCAUGCUCGUUUGUCCUAUUGUUAGUUACCUCCUCCUAUACGUUGCACAACCUUUUCCAAGCUGGCCUGCAUGCGCCCUCGUACUCACCUAUUGUCACCUCUUGUCUCCUUUUGUUCCGUUGGCCUGGGUAGCUACUUUGUACUUUCCCGCCCAUAUCUGCCAUAGCUACCCAGGCCCCUAUAUCUUGCCACCCUCACUCGAUCUCUCUCUCUUCCACAAUGUAAUCGUUUCGUUCGUCUUUGUCUCCGUCUCUUCGUCUAUAGUAAAUGUUGUUCCACCUACCUGUUCCCGUUAUCCCUGGUGUCUGGAGAGUAAUCGUCCUUGUUCCUACCCAACGCUAGUAACAAUGUCUCCUCUCACCAAGCGCCAUGUUUCUGUUGACUUGCCGGUACUCCAUUUCCGUUUGCCGGAGGUGUAAUCCAUCUUCCGCCCAUCGGCUCUCAUGGACUAGUAUGAUUAUCCUAUCCUGCAGGCGUAUCCUGCUGGAGUAUCCUGCUGGAGUUCUAACAAUAACUUAUGUUACUCGUAACUCUACCCUUUUUGGACAUCACAUUAUAAUCAUGAAUAUGAAAAGCAUAGAUUAUCCAUCCAACUUCUAAACAAGAUCAGUAUCGUGAAGAGUAAAGUGCAGUUCUAACUUUUAAUUAAUGACCCGAACACUUGUGGCGGCUUGUGCAUCUACUCGAAGUCAUUGUAGUUUUACUGUUGGGCAUGCCCUAGAAUUUAUCGCCUGGUCUCGCUUUGAUGACGGCUGUUGAUUGUGCCACUUCUGCUGUAGUUUGCACAGCAAUUAUUGUGUUUCUAUUUAAGUCGUUUAUACUUCGGAGCUCAUUAUCGACUGUGAUAUCUGUCAUUACAUUAUAACCCACUGUACUAGAUGUAAAAGCUCCGGUCACACUCACUCCACUUAUUUAUCAUCUCCCCUGUGACAGUUCAAUAACAUCACCAAAUACAGGUGCUACAUAUCUAUUACUAUGCUAUCUGAAGUGCAAGUACGGUAUUACAAUGGA